AUGGACUCAAAGCCCACCGAAACCCACCACGAAACCGUCCCAAAGGACACCUUGGGGACUCUACGUCUCCGCCAUCAUGAGACAAACGAGAUCCUCUUGGUCCCCACACCUUCGCGGGACCCUAAUGACCCGCUAAACUGGUCCUCUGCGUUCCGAUACUAUAUUGCCGUCCUCGUCUGCCUGGCCGUCUUCUUCUGCAAUUUUCUGUCUGCAGGUCCGACUGUGGCUAUCGUGGAGAUCACCGUCGACUUCCUGGGACCCCAGGGCCCCGACUUCAGCGCCCAUAUCUCCAAGGUGGCCUACUUCUUCAGCACCACCGCUCUCUGUCAAGGGAUUGGAAUGCUCUUCUGGAUGCCGUUCAUUGUCAAGUACGGCCGCCGCCCCAUCUAUGUCAUUUCCUUUGUCCUGUACGUUGUUACUGGGUUCUGGACCGGGUUCGCGAAGUCGUAUGGGGUCGAGCUGGCCGGGCGGAUCGUCAUGGGGUUUGCGGCCGGGGCAGGGGAGUGUCUGGGCCCGCUGACGAUUGCCGAUAUCUUCUUCCUACAUGAGCGAGGCACGGUGAUGGCCCUGUAUACUGCCGCUCUCUCCAUGGGGGUGGCCGGCGGGAUCAUCAUUGACGGGCUCAUCACCAUCACCCUGAGCUGGCGGUACAUCUACUACGUGGCGACCGCGUUGAUUGGAGGCGUCACUCUGCUGGUUAUCUUCACCUUCCCUGAGACCACCUUCGACCGCCAAAACGCCUUGCUAGCGGAGCAAUCCCACCCCCAAACCCAAACCCCACACACCCUGGAAUCCGCUACCCCCAGCCCUAUCCGGCAAAAGAAACAGCCCUACCUCCGCUCCCUCCGCCUCUUCACAGGCACCUACACCACCGAAUCCCUCCUGCAGAUCUUCCUCCGCCCCAUCGCCCUCAUCAUCCUCCCGCCAGUCCUCUGGACCUCGCUCGUCUUCGCCGUAACCAUCGGCUUCCUCGUCGCCAUCACCUCCAACUUCGCGACCGCCUACGCCGCGGCCUACGACUUCACGACCUGGCAGAUCGGCCUCUGCUUUGUAUCCGGGAUGGUCGGCUCGGCCAUCGGCAUCGCCUUCGGCGGCCACCUGUCCGACUGGACGGCCGACUGGUUCACGCGCCGCAACGGGGGCAUCCGGCAUCCGGAGAUGCGCCUCCCCUCCGUCGUCAUCGGCGGGGCGUGCGCUCCCGUGGCCUUGAUUCUGUACGGGGUGGGCAUCAACAACCGGCUGCAUUGGAUGGUGCCGACGCUGGGACUGGGGUUGUUGAACUUCGCGAUCGUGCAGGCCACCAACGCUACGAUGGUGUAUGUGAUUGAUAGUUAUCGGCCGGCGGUGGGGGAGGUCACGGUUUCGAUCUUGGCAUUUAAGGCGGCCUUUGGGUUCCUCCUGUCCUUCUACACGAAUCCCUGGAUCGAUCAGAGUGGGUAUUCCCUCGCGUUCGGCGAGAUGGCCAUCAUCGCCGGGGUGGUGGUGGUGUUCUUCGUGCCGUUCUAUUUCUGGGGCCGACCGUUGCGGCAUCGGACGUGGCAGUGGCGGGUGAUGCAGAAGUACGCCCACUGGAGUGAGGAUCGGGAGGUGGGCGAGUAGUCUGCUGGUUGUGAGGAUGUGGGAGGUGGUAGAGGUCCAGCUCGGGGGUUUGAUUUGAACAGAG